CAGCGCAUGCGCCGGCUCGCCACCGCCGUAGAGGCGCGCAGCUUCGCGGGCGGGCUCUUCCAAUCCGAGCCCGGCGUUCUGCGAACUUCAGUUCAUCUAACCUGUAAGCCACAGACAUCCUGGACAAUUUUAGUCAUCAAUAAGGAAGCAUACCAUUAAGAAACAGUGGGGUAUUUUGAAAGUGUUGGAAAGACAUAUCAUGAGUUUAAGUACUUCAAGUAAUGCCACUGGUGAUACCCAAAGGUUGAAGAAUGCGUCAUCGGAUGUAAAACAAAUGCUUAAAAGUGAAACAGACUUGGAUAUUACUGCUGAUCUCAGAAAGAAACUCCAUCGGGCUAAGAAAGAAAAAUUAGAAAUAACAACUAAGCACAAUGCAGAGCUGGCAAGCUAUGAGAGCCAGAUUGCCAAGCUACGGUCUGAGGUUGAAAAAGGAGAAGCAUUGCGACAAAGUUUGGAAUAUGACCUGGCUGUUGCUAGAAAGGAAGCUGGUCUUGGAAGACGGGCUGCUGAAGAGAGAUUAGCCGAGGCACAUAGAAUCCAAGAAACACUCUGUGCUCAGAAUUCAGAACUUCAAGGAAAGGCAAAUGAGAUUGAGAAAGCAUUUCAUACUUCCCAGCAGAAAUGGAAAGAAGAGUGCCGAAAAUUUGAACAUGAUUUGGAGGAAAGAGAUGAUAUGAUUCAAAAUUGCAAUCGAGAAUAUGAUUUACUUAUGAAAGAAAAAAGCAGACUAGAAAAAACUCUAAAGGAAGCACUGGAAAAACAUCAACAGGAGAAGAAUGAGAUGGAGUCUCAUGUGAGAGAGACAGCACUGGAAGAGUUUAGAUUACAAGCAGAACAAUGGGAAGCAGAAAGAAGAGAGUUACAGUUUAUAGUACAGGAGCAAGAUAGUGCUGUACAAAAUAUGCACAAGAAAGUAGAAAAAUUAGAAACAGAACAUAUGGACUGCUCUGACCUUUUACGACAACAAACAAAUGAACUUGAAUUUAGUACUCAACGAGAAGAACGUCUUAGAAAAGAAUUUGAGGCGACUACUCUAAGAAUGAGGAAAUUAGAAGAAAAUAUUGAGGCAGAAAGAGCAGCACAUUUGGAAUCAAAAUUUAAUUCUGAAAUUAUUCAGCUACGGAUUCGUGACCUUGAAGGAGCUUUGCAAGUAGAAAAGGCCAGCCAAGCAGAAGCUGUGGCUGAUUUGGAAAUGAUCAAGAAGGAAUUCAAAGAAGUUGAAAGUGCAUAUGAGCGAGAAAAGCAUAAUGCACAAGAGAGCUUUGCCAAACUAAAUUUAUUAGAGAGAGAGAAUUUCUCCAAAAACAAGAAACUAAAUGAAAAGAUCGAGGAACAGAAGAAAGUAAUUAUAGACCUUUCAAAGAGACUCCAAUAUAAUGAAAAAAGUUGCAGUGAAUUACAGGAAGAACUUGUAAUGGCUAAGAAGCACCAAGCCUUCCUAGUAGAGACAUGUGAAAAUAACGUGAAAGAAUUGGAAUCGAUCUUGGACAGCUUUACUGUGUCGGGCCAGAGGACAUCAGGCAGCCACAAGGACAAAGAUAAACCUCCCAGCUUCUCUGUUGUGCUUGAGACUUUGAGGCGUACCUUGACAGAUUACCAGAACAAGCUGGAAGAUGCAUCUAAUGAGCUAAACAGCAUGAAUGAUGCUAAGGCAAAGGCAUCUAAUGAACUCGAUUCUACCAAACAGAAGAUAGAAUCUCACACUAAAAAUAUAAAGGAACUUCAGGAUAAACUGGCUGAUGUGAAUAAAGAGUUAAGUCAUUUACGCACUAAAUGUGCAGACCGAGAGGCUUUAAUAAGCACUUUAAAAGUGGAACUACAAAAUGUGCUGCACUGUUGGGAGAAAGAAAAGACACGAGCAGCCCAGUCUGAAAGUGAACUGCAGAAGCUUUCACAGGCUUUCCAUAAGGAUACUGAGGAGAAGCUAACCUUCCUUCAUACCUUGUAUCAGCACUUGGUAGCAGGCUGUGUGCUCAUAAAACAACCAGAAGGCAUUCUGGAUAAAUUUUCUUGGUCUGAGCUUUGUGCAGUCUUGCAGGAGAAUGUUGAUGCCCUGAUCUCAGACCUCAACAGGGCUAAUGAGAAGAUAAGCCAUCUAGAGUAUAUCUGUAAAAACAAGUCUGACACGAUGAGGGAGCUUCAGCAGACCCAGGAAGACACCUUUAACAAAGUGGCAGAGCAGAUCAAAGCUCAAGAGAGCUGCUGGCACAAACAAAAGAAGGAACUGGAGCUGCAGUAUUCUGAACUCCUCUUGGAGGUGCAGAAGAGGGCACAGAAAUUUCAAGAAAUUGCUGAAAAAAAUAUGGAAAAAUUGAACUGUAUUGAGAAGUCACAUGAACAGUUGAUUCAGGAAAAUUCACACUUCAAAAACAUGUUAUCACAAUCUCAAAGGGAACAAACAUCCUUGCUAGCAGCCUGUGCAUUGAUGGCUGGUGCCUUAUAUCCCCUGUACAGCCGAUCAUGGGCCUUAUCUACGCAGAGAGAUUUUCUCCAGGAGCAGGUCAACACCUUUGAGUUGUUCAAACUGGAAAUUAGAACUCUCACUCAAGCUUUAUCAACUGUAGAGGAAAAGAAACAAGAGGAAGCCAAGAUGAAGAAAAAACUAUUCAAAGGAUUGAUACGUAUAUUCCGGAAAGGUGUAAUUGCAGUUUUGGCGGUGAACAGACUCAAAAUUUUGGGCCAAUCAUGUGCCUCUCUUUUUACCUGGAUGGAGAGUUUCAAAGAAGGCAUAGGCAUGUUAGUGUGUACAGGAGAGCCCAAAGACAAGCAUAAAUAUCCAAAACAUCAAAAGGAGCAAUUACGUUAUUUACAAGCGCUUAGUUGGCUCACCAGUUCUGACCUUCUUGCUGCUAUAAUCAGCUCUAUGGCUGAGUUACAAGGAGUCAUUAGUAAAACAGAUCCAAAUUCCAGAAUUUGUGGACAUUUACUCAUAGGUGCUGCCAAGAAUUCUUUUGCAAAACUCAUGGAUAAAAUUAGUCUGGCAAUGGAGAGUAUACCUCUGCACAGUAGCAGGAGUAUAGCAUAUGUAGAAAAAGAUUCCCUGGUUCAGAGACUGGCCCGGGGACUUCAUAAAGUAAACACAAUGGCCCUGAAAUAUGGUUUGCGUGGCCAUGUGCCAAUUAUGAAAAGUACAGCGUUGUUACAGAAGCAUAUAUUUGGAUUUACACAAAGACUGCAUGCAGCAGAAGUGGAGCGCCGCUCGUUGCGCCUAGAAGUCACAGAAUUCAAACGAAGUGUGAAUGAAAUGAAAAAGGAGCUUGACAAAGCUCAAGGUCUCCAAAUGCAAUUAAAUGAAUUUAAGCAGUCUAAAUUGAUCACCCAUGAGAAGUUUGAAAGUGCAUGUGAAGAACUAAAUAAUGCAUUACUUCGGGAACAGCAGGCACAAAUGCUAUUGAAUGAACAGGCACAACAACUACAGGAGUUGAAUUACAGACUUGAAUUGCACUCCAGCGAGGAAGCUGACAAAAACCAGACUCUUGGAGAAGCAGUUAAGAGUCUCUCCGAGGCAAAGAUGGAGCUGAGAAGAAAAGAUCAAUCUCUGCGUCAGCUCAAUAGACAUCUUAGCCAGCUGGAGCAGGACAAGCGUCGACUGGAGGAGAACAUCCAUGAUGCAGAGAGUGCCCUCCGCAUGGCAGCCAAAGAUAAAGAAUGUGUUGCUAAUCAUAUGAGAACAGUUGAAAAUACACUUCAUAAGGUCAGAGAUCAGAUCUCGCUGUCACGGACUGCGGCAAGUAGGAAUGACUUCACCCUGCAGCUACCCAAAUUGCACCUGGAGACCUUUGCAAUGGAGGGGCUCAAGGGCGGGCCAGAGGUUGUAGCAUGCCAGGCUAUGAUUAAAAGUUUCAUGGAUGUCUACCAGCUUGCAAGUGCUAGAAUUGCUACAUUAGAGAAGGAAAUGACAUCUCAUCGAAGCCACAUUGCAACCUUGAAAUCAGAACUUCACACAGCUUGUUUACGUGAAAAUGAAAGUUUACAAUCAACAGGAUCACGAGACCAUUCGAAUAUCUCCGUUCCUUCGAGAGCUGCUCUCCCUACUGACACAAUUGGUGUUGGGGAUUUUUUGCCAUUGAAAGCUGAACUUGAUACGACUUACAGUUUCUUAAAGGAGACAUUUAUAAAUACUGCACCCCAUGCUCUGACAUCAUCUCACUCCUCUCCAGUGACUAUGUCUGCUAAUGUCAAAAGACCAACUCAGAUUGGAUUAUGACUGUAUGAAAUAAAAACAAUGGA